UUCAAAAUGGCGGAUUGUGCAGCAGAAAGUAUCCUUGCCAAAGUAUCAGCAAUUUUGUCGCCAGUUGGUUUGGAAUCGUAUCCUUUCAAGAUUGGCUGGUACAAUGAUCAACUGGAACACAAAGCAUUCAACCUACCCUACCCCUAUGACACCCUUGCUCUGGUGAUCAUAAGCACCCCACUGAUGUUCGACCAUGGCUUUAAACCAUUCAUCAAGGCAACAGCUUGUAUUGGAGAGAAGGAUCCACUUGAUGAAUUCAUGGCUGCUAUGUUUGCAAAAGUCAAGGCAGAAUUUGGUCUCGAGUGUGACAUUGAAGCCAUCCAUGAUUUUGAGAUGCUUCCCAACCGCAGACCCAAGGUGUUAGUCCAGACAGCUGCACAUGUGGCGGGCGGGGCCUAUUACUACCAGCGUAACAGUGUGACUAAAGAUGCUUGGGAUGCCAAGAAAAAGAUUUGUGGAGUUUGUGUUCAUGCUAAGUAUGGGGGCUGGUUUGCAAUACGGGGCGUGCUCAUUUUCAAGAAUGUCUUGGUGCCUGAUUUGCAAAGAGAGGAACCUAAAGAUGUUGUGCAAGGAGAUGAGAAGCGUAUUGAGCUUCUGGAGAAGUUCAACUUUCACUGGCAGGAUUGGAGUUUCAGGGAUGUUGUUCCCUCCGAGGUGAAAUAUUCUGAAGAGCAAAAGAAGUACUUUGCAACAUUACCAGCCAAUCGGAAAGAACUUUUAGAUUCAUUUCGGAACACAGCUCUUUUGCCAACAGAAUGAAAGUUAUGGUCUUAACAUAUGUCUUAAUGGACACGGAGAAUGUAAAUACUCAAUAAUUAAAAACUUGAAUUCAUCAUAGCAGUUAAGGCAAGUUCUUGGUUUUUUACGGGAACACACCAAUUGCUCUUUGAUAUUCAUCCAUUUUUAGCAUUCUGUAGAAGCGGAUGUAUGAAUUAUAUAAUAAUAAAUUCUGUAACUUUCUUGUUUUUACUAAGGCAGAUAAAUUAUAUCAAAGAUGAGGUGCAAAAUAUUUUAAAAACUGAGGAAGUUUUUUUUUUUUUUAGGGAGAAUAGCUUAACACACUCAAAAAUAUGUUAAAUGUCAUGGUUGGGAGAAUGAAAACAAAAUUUUGGUGUAGUUAUUGACCACUUUCAAAAAUGGCUGCCGGAUUAAUAUUCUUUUGUUU